AUGAAAAAAUGGGAUGAUGAUGCUCGAUUGAAGAGUUAUGUAAAUAAAAUUCUAAAUGUGAAAUCAACUAUGAGAAAUAAUUAAAAAACUACUUCCAAAAGUAAUUAAUUCAAUGAUUUUGAUUUAGAGAGAAUUAAUAGAGAUACUGAAUAUAGUAGCAAUGUAACUAACCGUUCAGAUUUAACAGGUUUUAAAGAUAGCAUACUUUUUAAGUAAUUAGUGGAAUACAAUUUAUAAUAAUACACGAAUAAAUUAUUGUUAAGAGGAUAUAAGAGUGGUUUACAAUUAUUAGCAUAACAAUCUUAAGAAUCCUAAAACAUAGUAUUGUAAGAGAUUAAGCUAUUACCUGGACAUAAAUAAAAAUUUUAGGUUAUGCUCAAGCAAAUAAGUGAUAAUUUAGAUACUUACAAUGACAAUAAUACUUAGUUAGUAAAUCAUAAUCAUUUUGCUUAAAAUCGAUUUACUUUACCUGGCUAAUUGAAUUCUCAUGGACAAUUUGAGUAAACCAAAGAAGUAUACAUGGAAAUUCUAAAGCCCAUUAAUAGAAAGGCAUCCAUGAAACAUUUUUCACCUCCCCAGGAAUUGAAUUAAAUUAAACCAAGAGUAUUACCAAAAUUGGAGAAAGUCUCAAGUAAAGGAAAAAAAGAAAGAACUCUUUAGGUAGAAGAUAUUACUGCAAAAUAAGGAGAUUAGUAAUUUUAGAAUAUUGUAUAAUUACCUAAUACAAAGGAGAUGGUUACUAAACAAGUAUCCAAGACAGUUAAGAAUCCUUCAUAAAAUUAAAUAAAGAAAAGGGUAACUACAUAGAAAUCUUUUCAAGAAAAGCCAAAUAAAUUUAUCAAUAAAUUAUUACUAAUAAAUGGAAAAAACACUAAUGAAAUUAAUUUAGAAAGGGAAUCAAUAUAAUUAUUAUAUCAAUCUUUUGAUAAUGGAAGAUUAGCAUCAACUUUAAUUAACAUUGAUAUUGAAGAAAUCAGUUAUUGUGUUGGGAUUACCAUUAAAAAAAUGAUGGUUUUAGCUGACUUAGAUUAAAUUAAUAAUAUUAGUUAACUUUAAUGUAUUGAUGAUAACAAAUAGAGUUAACAGGAUAAUUAGUAUAUCAUAAAUGAAAGAGAUGUUGUAAAUAAUAGAGAUGAAAAUGAAUUUAUUUAAGAUUAGACUUUUUAAUUGCAACAAGACGAUUAUGAAUAAUAAGAUAUGAAACAAGACUAUCUAGAACUAUAGCAAGAGGAAGAUCUCGACCAAAAUUACCUUGAAAGUUUUGAAAAUGCUGAAUAAUAAAACUGUCAUCCAGAUUUAGGAUACCUAAAUGAAUAAUUCUAAGAAGAUGAUGAAAAUAAUUAACAAUUACUUCAAUCGUAAUUUUCAGUUGAUACAACGUUAAAUUUACAAGAUUCUCAGUUAUUUAAUAAAGUUUUUAUUGAUUUUUCAUUGAGCAAUUGUAUACCCAAUGUGGAUAUCAUUCAAAAUUAUUGUAAAAACAUUAUGACAACAACUAAAAUGGAAAGAGAAGUAGCAAUUAUAUCUAUGAUCUAUAUAAAUAGACUAUUAGAACACAAUUAAGGGUUAGAAAUAAAUUGUUUGAAUUGGCAAAAGAUAUUGUUUACAGCAUUAGUUAUGGCUUCUAAAAUUUGGGAUGAUGAAUCAUUUGAAAAUAAUAACUUUGCCAAAGUUCUACCAUAGUUUUCAACUAUUCAAAUAAAUGAAAUGGAGAAAGUGUUUUUAAAAUUAAUUGAAUAUCAUCUUUAUGUCAAUUCCGGUGAUUACGCUAAGUAAUAUUUUUUAUUGAGAACUUAUGCAGAUAAAAAAUAACGAAGUUUUACAGUUAAAUAAUUAGAUAUUGCUACUGUUUUAAGAUUAUAAAGAGGUGGUCCAUAGUUGAUUACAAAGCAAUAAUUUUUAAAUACUUAAAAUAAAAGUUUUUGA